AUGGCAGUUGUACUAGAGACAACCCUAGGCGAUAUUACCGUCGAUUUGUAUCAUGAAGAACGGCCGGUAGCAUGUAAAAAUUUUCUUCUCCUAUGUCAAAUGAAAUAUUACAAUUUCUGCUUAUUUCAUUCGAUUCAAACGAACUUCAUUGCGCAGACAGGUGAUCCAACUGGUACUGGCCGAGGUGGAGAAUCCAUUUACCAGCAACUAUACGGUGAACAAGCAAAAUAUUUCGAUAUGGAAAAGAAACCAUUGAUCAAACAUCGAAAACGCGGAGCGAUUUCAAUGGUUAAUAACACAAAUAAUCAACAUGGUUCACAAUUUUUCUUCACCUUAGUUCCGAAUCUGGACUCAUUAGAUGGUGUUCACACGGUUUUUGGUGAAACUGUUGAUGGGUGGGAUGUGUUGGAUAAGAUCAAUAUCGCUGUUGUUGGACACGAUUUUCGACCUUAUCAUGAUAUACGAAUUAUUCAUACAGUUAUUUUGUCAAAUCCAUUUGAAGUACCAGCAGUGUUGGACAUUCCUGACCGUUCACCAUCGCCAACAAUUGAACGAGUGAAAUCGUCAAUGAUUGGUUUCGAUGAGUUGUUCGAAGAAGAUCGGAUACAAGGAAAGACUGAUGAUGAAAUAAAAGAGUAUAUUGAAGAGAAAGAAGCACAAGCUCGAGCACAGAUUCUCGAAUUGAUUGGUGACUUGCCAGAGGCUGAUAUGAAACCACCGGAAAACGUUCUCUUCGUAUGUAAAUUAAAUCCGGUGACCACUGAUGAAGAUUUAGAAACAAUAUUCAGUCGAUUCGGUGAAAUUCUCAGUUGUGAAAUUGUGCGUGAUAAGAAAACCGGUGAUUCACUUUGCUAUGCAUUCAUCGAAUAUGAAACUGAAGAAGAUGCCGAACGAGCAUACUUUAAGAUGGACAAUGUGCUCAUUGAUGAUCGACGUAUCCAUGUCGAUUUCAGUCAAAGUGUUGCUAAAGCAAAAUGGGAACACGAUAAGAAACAAAGAAAACUCAAAUUAGCGGAAGCCGAGCGAAAACAACAACAGCCGCCUACAUCGAAGUCAUCGUCGAGCCGAUAUAGAGAGGAUGAGAAACGUCGUCGCUACGAUGAUGAGCGUGAUCGUAACUCACACCGCGAUCGACAUCAUGAUCGAGAUCGUCAUCAUAAAUAUGAUCGUGAUCGCCGGUACGACCGAGAUCGUGACCGAUCUCAUCGUGAUGACUACCGUGAUCGUCGUCGACGCGAUCGAUCAAGAUCAUAA